AUGCCUGCCCCGACCUACAUCGAGCACCUGAUGGUAUGGGUUCAGAGCAACAUCGACAAUGAGGCUGUAUUCCCAAGUCGUAUUGGUGUCCCGUUCCCAAAGUCGUUCCCAUCGAUGAUUCGACAGGUUUUCAAGAGGAUGUACCGAGUGUAUGCACACAUAUAUUGCCACCACUACCCUGUCGUGAGAGAGCUGGGUUUAGAGGCCCAUUUGAACACAAGCUUCAAGCACUACGUGCUUUUUAUUGAUGAGCACAACUUAGCUAGCGGCAAGGAUUUCUGGGGUCCACUCGGUGACCUGGUCGAGAGUAUGCUCAGGAGUGAUUAG